AUGAAUAAUAUUGAAAUACUUGACAAUAUUGUUAUUUAUCUUCAUCGAUAUAUAACAUGGAUUCUUUUCUUGUUGGGAAAUAUUGGAAAUAUAUUAACUGGUGUAAUAUUUUUCAAAAAAUCAUGGAAAAAAAAUGUUUGUGUAUUUUACUUUUUAAAUUGUUUACUAGUAAAUUUUGCUUAUAUUAAUACUACUAUGGUUGGAUCAAGUUUUACAUUUGGUUUUCAAAUUCAUUCAGAAAGUUCUAAUGUUGUUUUAUGUAAAAUUUUGUAUUAUGUAUCAUAUCUAUUAUCUGUACUUUUACCUAAUAUUCUUAUAUUAGCAUCGAUUGAUCGUCUAUUAAUAUCUUCUAAAAAUAUUGAUACACGUUUAUAUAGUUCAAAACGUUUAGCUUAUUUUUCGAUUAGUGUCAGUACAAUUUUUUGGAUUAUAUUUUAUAUUCAUGUUUUAAUUAAAAUUGAUGUUCAAAAAAUUUAUCCAUCUGGUUUUGUUUGUUAUUAUGAUACAUCAGGAUUUUAUUUUGAAUUUAUUUCAUAUUCAACAUUAAUUAUUGCUGUUGGUUUAGCUUUUGUAUUAAUUAUAUUAUCGAUUUUAGCAUUUAAAAAUGUUCGUCAACUUCAAACUAUUCCACGACAACAACGAAAUCAAUUUCGAAUUAUGCAUAAAAAAGAUUUUCAACUUCUUUGUUGUCUUUAUAUUCAUGAUAUUGUAUAUAUUAUAUUUAAUGUUUUUGUUGCUGCCUAUUAUGUUUAUGUAGCAACAACAAAACAUCAUAUACGUACACCAUUUCAUCAAACUAUUGACAAUUUUCUUUCUGGUUUUGGUACUUUUAUUCAUCAUAUUCCAUAUUGUGCUAGUUUUUUCAUAUUUAUUAGUGUAUCUAAAGCUUUUCGACAAGAAAUCAAACGAUUAUUUUACAAGAUGUGUUGUAAAGAUAAAAUGUCAAUUAGAGAAGCAGAUAAUAGACAACAAAAUAUUGUACGAAAUAAUAUAGAAUUAAAUGUUGUAGAUGGAAUUGUUAGUACAAUUAUGUUACCAACUUGA